UCAGUCAGUGGUAGCCAAUUGGAAUUCCAGAUACUGGAAUGAAAAUACAUGUGUACAAGACUUUGACAGUGGAGAAUAAAGUGGAACGUUUGGUAAUACGAUCCAGAAUGGAUGACAAGGUGGAUGACAAAGAUGAGGACAGCUGCAGUACAUACCCAAGCCUGGUGCCUCUUGGCAGUGAAAUCAAGGCCAGGAUGCAACAUUGGGUGGAGGACAGAACAGAGACUGCUAUGCCAUUGCCAUUGUGGACUGGUUUGCUGAUCGUAGCUGUACUGGCUGUGGUGGGAGUGUCUCUCAUAGGCGUUGUUGUGUUUUUAUUCUACAGAAGAUACGAACAGUACAAGGAGGAGCAGCCUCACUAUCGCUUCAGGAAAAGAGACAAAGUUAUGUUUUAUGGCAGAAAGAUCAUGAGAAAGGUGCAGACCUUGUCCUCUACCUCAACCCCUAUCUCUACCUCAGGGUCCCAGAAGCAGCGAAUCAGGAAGAGAACUAAAGUCCUGUCUAUAGCACGAAAAAUCCUGCGCAUUAGGAAGGAGCCUCCCACCCUGGUGGCUAAAGAGCCCCCUUCCUCGUUGCUGGAGGCUGACCUCACAGAGUUUGACGUGCAGAACUCUAACCUGCCCUCUGAGGUGCUCUACAUGCUCAAGAAUGUCAGGGUCCUGGGCCACUUUGAGAAGCCUCUGUUCCUGGAGCUGUGUCGUCACAUGGUGUUUGUGCAGCUCCAUGAGAUGGAGCCUCUCUUCCGUCCCGGGGACAUCGACGACAGCAUCUACGUGGUGCAAGAUGGCCGUCUGGAGCUCUGCAUACAUGAGAGUGAUGGGACAGAUGUGGUUGUGAAGGAGGUGUUGCCAGGAGACAGUGUCCACAGUCUGCUCAGUAUCCUGGAUGUCAUCACUGGUCACUCAGCCCCCUACAAGACUGUAUCUGCCAGAGCUGCAGCCCCUUCUACCAUACUGCGUCUUCCAGCUGCUGCCUUCCAGUGUGUGUUUGAGAAAUACCCAGAGACUCUGGUCCGCGUUAUCCAGAUCAUCAUGGUGCGCCUGCAGAGAGUGACCUUCCUAGCACUUCACAACUACCUGGGUCUCACCACCGAGCUCUUCAAUGCGGAGAGCCAGGCAGUCCCCUUGGUGGCAGUGCACAGUGUGAUAGGUGAAGCCAACCCUAACAGGGGUCUACACAGACGGCACUCCCGGUCUGAAGAGGCUGGGCCUGAGAGAGGGGGUUCUCAUAGACCGACUCAGUCUGAAGAGUCUGGCCAUGAGAAGGGGCCCAGUGACACAGAGAAUGGGGAGAGGAAGUCCUGUCUUUUAGAUAGCAGCCCCACCACUAAAGGAAAGAGGUCUCGCUCUCAGUCCACUCCUAUGGCAGUGUCAAGUGUCACGUCUGCUGACCUCAACAUGACGUAUCAGCGAGCCAGAAUACGAGAAGCAGCAGCUAAAGCAGAGACACCACCAGCAAGUCCCCAGGUCCCACACAAGUCCAUUCUGAAGAAGAGUGUGACUAUGCUGCAUACUCCCUCUGCUGUGUAUCACUACCGUGAGGCUGGAGAAAGUCAGUCAGCCCACAUCCACCACAGCAAGAUCAACACCAUCUUCCAGGCUGCCAAGAAGGACCUGCAGCGUCUCAUACAACUACAGGACCUCAGUCUUUUGGAGGGCAGAGUGACUCUGCGUCAGGUCAAAGCUGGCUGUGUGGUGAACAGCCAGGGGGACCAGGAUGUGAGUGUGCAGUUUGUGAUCUCGGGGGCGCUCCAUGUGUACCAGAGGACGAUCGACCGUGAGGAGGACACACUGCUGUUUCUCACCCACCCGGGGGAGAUGGUGGGUCAUCUGGCCGUGCUGACCGGUGAACCCCUCAUCUUCAGCGUCCGAGCACACAGGGACUGCACCUUCCUGUCUAUCUCUAAAGCUGCCUUCUAUGAGAUCAUGCGCGAGGAGCCCAGGGUGGUGCUGAAUGUGGCUCACACCGUGGUGAAGAGAGUAUCCUCCUUCGUCAGGCAGAUAGACUUUGCUCUGGACUGGAUGGCUCUGGAGGCCGGCCGCGCUGUCUACAGGCAGGGAGACAAGUCAGACAGCACCUUCAUCGUCCUCAGUGGCCGCCUACGUUCUGUCAUCGCAAAGGAUGAUGGGAAGAAGGCGUUGACUGGGGAGUAUGGUCGCGGUGACCUCAUUGGGGUGGUGGAGGCCCUGACCCAUAUGAACCGAGCCACUACAGUACACGCAGUCAGGGACUCUGAGCUAGCCAAGCUGCCUGAAGGGGCCCUCAGCUCCAUCAAGAGGAGGUAUCCACAGGUAGUGACCAGACUCAUCCAUCUGCUGGGUCAGAAAAUCCUGGGGAAUAUGCAGCAGGUUAACGGACCCUUGGCAGCUAGUGGCCUGUUCCUACACACCCCCAGCAGUAAGUGGGAUUCAGGGAACCCUGCCUCUAACCUGUCCACUGUGACCAUCCUGCCUGUAUCAUUGGAGGUACCUUUAACAGCCUUCACACUGGAGCUGCAACAUGCACUCAGUGCCAUUGGUCCAACCUUACUAUUGACCAGUGACAUCAUCAAACAGAGACUGGGUGCUGCCGCACUUGACAGUGUGCAUGAGUACCGUCUGUCCAGUUGGCUGGGGCAGCAGGAGGACAUCCACCGCAUCGUUCUCUACCAAUCAGACGAUACCCUAACCCCCUGGACGCAGCGCUGCAUCCGCCAGGCCGACUGCAUCAUCAUUGUGGGACUAGGAGAGGCUGAGCCCACUGUGGGCGAGUUGGAGCGGAUGCUGGAGGGCAGUGCUGUGCGGGCACAGAAGCAGCUGGUUCUGCUGCACAGGGAGGAUGGUCCCCCGCCCCAGGGCACUGUUGACUGGCUCAACAUGAGGAGCUGGAUCUCCAAACACCUGCAUCUCUCCUGUCCACACAGGGUCUUCUCCAAGAGGAGCCUGCCUAAACUGAGAGAGAUGUACGAGCGUGCUUUCCAGAAGCCUCCGGACCGCCACUCUGACUUCAGCCGUCUGGCCAGAGUACUGACAGGCAACACCAUCGCCCUGGUGCUAGGGGGAGGGGGUGCUAGGGGCUGUUCUCAAGUUGGCAUCCUGCGGGCGAUCAAUGAGGCAGGAAUCCCUGUGGACAUGGUGGGUGGAACCUCCAUCGGCUCCCUGAUGGGGGCGCUGUACGCUGAGGAGAAGAGCAGCAGCCGUAUGAGGGUUCGCGCUCGCGAGUGGGCCAUGGACACAGGGUCCAUCUUCAAAAAUGUGUUCGACCUGACGUACCCUGUGACCUCGAUGUUCUCUGGGGCUUCCUUCAACAACAGCAUAAGCUCUGUCUUUAAGGACAAACAGAUUGAGGACCUGUGGAUCCCUUACUUCAACGUCACAACGGAUAUCACUGCUUCAUCCAUGAGGGUUCACACUGACGGUUCCCUGUGGAGGUAUGUGCGUGCCAGCAUGUCACUGUCUGGGUACAUGCCUCCCCUCUGUGACCCCAAAGACGGACACUUACUCAUGGACGGUGGCUACAUCAAUAACCUACCUGCUGACGUAGCUCGCUCCAUGGGGGCCAAAGUAGUGAUUGCCAUCGACGUGGGCAGCCAGGACGAGACUAACCUCACCAACUAUGGCGACUCGCUGUCUGGCUGGUGGCUGCUAUGGAAACGUUUCAAUCCCCUGUCAGAGAAAGUCCAGGUCCUGAACAUGGCUGAGAUACAGACCAGGUUGGCCUAUGUCUGCUGCGUUCGUCAGCUGGAGUUGGUUAAAGACAGCGAGUACUGCGAGUGCAUCCGUCCGCCCAUCGAUCACUAUGGCACCUUGGAGUUUGGCAAGUUCGACGAGAUCACUGAGGUGGGCUUCCAGCAUGGUAAGACAGUGUUUGACAUGUGGAGUCGGAGUGGAGUUGUGGAUAAGAUGAUGAAAGACAGACAUCAAGAGGAAUUUCACAAGACCAAGAGCUGCAAUGUCAUCACAUGUCCCAAUGCCUCCUUCACUGACCUGGCAGAGAUUGUCUCUCGAAUUGAGCCUGUCAAAACAGUCCUGGUGGAAGAGUUAUCAGACGAUUACCAGACGGACUAUGAUGAUUACCAGACGGACUAUGAUGAGGAGGCCAGAGAAAGUGCUCUCUCCGACUUUGACAUGUCUAAUCCCAACAGUGGAGUGGAACACACAGAGGGGGAGGAGACUGCAGACACUACUGACACAGAUGAAGAGAUUCAGAUCAGGGUCCGACAUCACCUAACCAAACGACCACCAAACCGCUCAGACAGUGUUGAUGAUGCAUAACAUCCAUCAAAUUCAUGAUGUACUGUUUCUCUGUCCGGUUGACAGUGGUCCUCAAUGCCAGUCUAGACAUUAUUAUUAUGUUAGGAUGUUUAUCUUUUUCAGCUGUUAUGUUAAGGUUAGGUUGUAUUAUAAUCAAGGUCAUAACAUUUACAUUUCAUUCUUAAUACUUUUGGUUACAUGAAACUAUACGAAGAGAUGUUUUACAAUGCAAUGUUUUACUCUUUUUUUUGCUGCCAUGCGUGCCUUUCACAUUCAUGGUUGUAACAGAACAGCUCCUUUCUGAUUCAUUGAUUGAUAGUGAUUUAUUGUAGCCAGUACCAAUAAUUAAUUAAUGGAGCUGGAAGCCUGACCUGGGGGCAACUACAGUGAUAAAGGAAAUAUUCAAUCUUAUUAGAUUGGGUUGCAAAACAA